CAGGUUGUUGUUGGACUGUUAUUUAAAUAAAGACAACUAUAUAUUUAGAGCUAGUCUUAGUUUAAUCGCUACAUAAAUAAAACAACUGAAUUGCCUAAAGAUAAAUCAUAAAAUUCAGACUCAUGGAGACCUGGGGGGUUGGAUGACCCUGAGCUGGGUCACAUGUACUGUAGAGACAGGACAGCUAAAAGACACGGCUAGGCUAAGGUAGUUAGCAGUGUUAGCCUGGCCCAACCAUAACAUCUGUAACAGCAACCCUACAACACCGUCUGCUGUACUAGCACAGUGCUAACAUGCUAAUAGUAAAAUCAUACAUUCUCUGUUGAAACAUCAUCCCUUGUUUUCAAUGGAAAAUCAGUCGUAGCCUAAAGUUUUAUUUUGGUGGUAAAAAAUGUUUUGAUCUAGUUUACAAAAUAACUUAAUUAAAAACAUACUGGUAUUUGUGAACGAUACAAGACUUUGAUGUCGUCCCACCUUUAGACCGGGGGGAGGGGGGGGGCAACAUGCCUCCUGCUGACACUCCAAAAAAGAAGAAGAAAAGAUUAAAUAAUAAUAAUUAUACACUUAAUAUUCAACCAUAACAACUGAAGUAAACAGCGAACACUUCCCCUUUAAGAACACAUUAGGAACAGCCUCACACACAGGUUUCUUUUUCCAGUCCACUGCUUGCUUUGGCAGUUCAGUCCAGAAAGGUUGUUUUUUUUCUGCCACCAGUUACAGGAACCUGAGUCUACGAUGGUUUUUCCAGGGAAAACAUUCUUUUGGAAGUGAGCUCAGAGCCAGCUUUCACCUUGUAUUCACUUCAACAUAGGAAUACUACUACACACACACACAGGUCGUACAGCCAACUGUAACCAACUUCAUCUUAUUAGAACCAUUGACAACAACAGGAAGUGGUCACUAAUCAUGUCUUCAGUGUCUCAGCGUCCGUCCUUGUCCAACUGAUAACACAUUGAAUCCAUCACUGACUCCUGGACUCCGGGCCAGUUUGGCUCAGACGUCCCACACUUCUGGUCCUUGUCAUUAAUGUUCAGUCCAACAUUUUUAACUUCUUCAGCCUGCAGCUCCAUGGCUGAAGGACGGAGCUCCUGCACCCAGGGGGCAGCGGAGAGCAGCCCACUGCCCCCGGUUCACAGAUGGGGUACAUACACAGGACACAGCUGUAGGAGCCGUGCAGAAACACACGCUCUGCCUCCUCCCAGGCACCAUGAUGCAAUUAAGGACUUUAAUUCUCACGUCUCUGCUGCUCCCAUGGAUGUUUCUAUCUGCAGCCAAGGACGAGCGCGUGCACCCGAGGAGGUCGAAGACAGGCAUCAAUCGUUCUCCAGCUCAGGACGUUCCUCAGAGUUCAGAGCCAGCCAGUCAGACGAGCCACGAGCUGCCCACGUGUCUGCUGUGUGUCUGCCUGACUGGAUCGGUCUACUGUGAGGAAGUGACCCCUGACAUGACCGCCGUCCCGGCGCUGCCCAAGGAGACGGCCUAUCUUUACGCCCGAUUUAACAAGAUCACAAAAAUACACAAUAAGGACUUUGCCGACAUGAUCACAUUAAGAAGAAUCGACCUGAGUUCCAACCUUAUUUCUGAGAUCGAUGACGCAGCGUUCUCCAAACUCCUUCAUCUGGAGGAGCUGAGUCUGGCUGAGAACAGACUGACCAAACUGCCAACGCUCCCCACCGGCCUGACUCUGUUCAACGCCAACCUCAACCGGCUGAGGACUCAGGGCGUGAGGGCCACGGCCUUUAAGAAACUCACAAAACUGGCCUAUCUGUACCUGGGGAACAACGAGCUGACGGCCGUGCCUCAGCUCCCAGAGUCUCUUCACGUGGUUCACCUGCACAACAACAGGAUCGCCUCGAUAUCAGACCAGACCUUCUGCAAAGGCAACAACAGUCACUACAUUCGGAGCAACAUGGACGAGGUGAGGCUGGACGGGAACCCCCUGCAGCUGUGGCAGCACCCCAACAGCUUCAUCUGUCUGGAGACGCUGCCCGUGGGCUGGUACAACUGAAGGGACCGCAGGUCCAGGCGGGAGGCGGUCAACGGUACGGACGGAGAACAGAACUAUUAACCAAGCACAGUUUAUAAGUUAGCUCUGUAUAUGUACAUCUACAGUGUAGUUUAAACAGGCAGUAUUUGAGCGACGGAGCGUCAGGUAUAAACACCAGGUCUCACAGUACCAGGUCCUGGAGUAACCACCCAGUCCUGUUAUCUUAUCUGGUCUAAACCAGUGUUUCACAAACUGUUUUUUUCUGGGGACCCAUAUUUUAAAAGUCACAAACCUUCGUGACCCAAGUCGAUAGACAUUAUUCGUAAACUCCUGGGAAGC